UAUAUAUAGCAUGAACAAAUUUUUAAUUUGUGGAAAAUAAAAGUCAUUGUCUUAUUGCAAUUUUUUUUUCUAAAUUAUGUCGGCCACUUUCGAAAGAGAAUAAUUUCAGUGACUAGUUUAUUCAAAUUUCAAUUCCAAGAAUAGUAGAAUUUACCACCGAAGACAAAGAAAGGGACUAACACUCCUUUUGGUAAGAAGGAAAGGACGAGGAAAAAAAAGUUGUAAUAUAUUUUUUUUACUUUCCCUUUUCUUUCUUUCCUACGACACAGAGUCUAAACGAUCGAGGACCACCUUGAUUGUCUAUAUAUAUUAAGCUUGAUGCAAGGCUUAUCGUUAUAUAUUUAGAAGUAGCAGUUGAGAGAGAAUUGAAAAUAUAGAGAUCAUAUAUAAAGAAAAAGAGAUGAUGGAACCCAAAUUGUUGUGGUUGAGUGUUUUGUUGUUGUUGAUUUUAGACGGAUGCAGAUGGUAUAGUACUGAUGCAUGUUGGGAGGAUGAAAGGAUUGCUCUUUUGCAACUCAAACCUUUCUUCAAUCCUUACAACGAUCUGAAGAGCUGGGUUGAUGAGAUCAAGGGUUCAGAUUGCUGUCGAUGGGAUGGGGUCGAGUGCAACACCUCCUCCUCCUCCUCCUCCUCCUCCUCCAAGCGAGUCAUAGGACUCUCUCUUAAUUAUACAAGAUGUUCCAGCGACGAAAGAUGGUAUCUUAAUGCCUCUUUGUUUCUUCCUUUCAAGGAACUGAAGCAUCUUUAUUUGCCAGGGAAUAACAUCGCUGGUUUUGUUGAAAAUGAAGGUUUUGUGAAGCUAAAUUUGGAGAUCCUUGAUUUAAGUGACAAUUACCUCAAUGAUACAAUUUUAUUAUCUUUGAGUGAGCUUUCAUCUCUUAAGCAUUUAUAUCUAGGAGCAAACUCAUUCAAAGGAUCAAGUCAUGCAAACGGUUUCCAAUGGCUCUCAAGACUUGGUAAUUUGGAAACUCUUGAUUUAAGGGACAAUUCCUUGAAAAAUAACAUAUUGUUUCAUAUGAAUGGUCUUUCAUCUUUAAGGACUUUAAGUUUAAGUGAAAAUCACUUGGAAGGAGACCUUCAUAUUCACGGAAAGGCGAUACAACUAAGGAUGACCAAUUUGGAGGUUCUUGAUUUAAGUAAUAAUCUCUUCAGGACCGACACUUUUGCAUUCCUUUCUGGCCUUCCAAGUCUAAAGUCUCUGUAUAUGGAGCACAACCAAUUGCAAGGCUCAAUAGAUAUUGGAGAUAGUGGGAGACAGCUGAACUUGACCCAUUUAGAAGAAUUUGAUUUGAGUGAUAAUCUCAUUAAUGACAACAUAUUUGCAUCACUUAGCGGGCUUUCAAAUUUGAAGUCUUUGUAUGUAAACUCCAAUCAGUUAAAUGGAUCAACAGAUAUGAAAGACUUGGGUGCUUUUACCAACUUAGAGGUACUGGAUAUGAGCUAUAAUGAUUUGAAUGAAUUUGUGGCCUGUAAAGUUAAGACCUUCUAUCUACGAUGGAAUUACCUAAACAAGUCUAUGGCUGCUCAGGAUCAAGAAUUCCAUGUAUGGAACAAUGUGGAGGAAAUAUUUCUAGACUUUUCCUAUCUCGACAACAACGUUUUGCAAAGCAUUGGAGUAUUCACUUCUCUCAAAACUUUGUCUUUAAGUGACUGUGGACUUAUUGGUUCUUUACCUAAUCAAGGUUGGUGUGAUCUAAGGAACCUUAAAAGUUUGGAUAUCAGUAGGAAUGCACUUGAGGGGAUACUUCCUUAUUGUUUGGGUAACUUGACAUCUCUUCUUCAGUUGGAUAUCUCCUACAAUCAAUUUACUGGAAAUUUGACGCCUUUAGCAAAUCUUUCAUCACUUGGAUUCGUCAUCCUUUCAAGAAAUCAUUUUCAAAUUUCAAUGCCAUUCCUAUCACGUGCAAACCUUCCAAAUCUCAAAGUUCUCUUCGGUGAUGAAAACAAGAUGGUAAUAGAACCUAAUUCCUUUCAUACUUCAAUUCCAAGGUUCCAACUAAAUUUCAUCAGUUUGUCAAAGUGCACAACAGAUAAAGGACUUAGCCUACAACCUCUUAAGUUCCUUUAUUACCAAUAUGACUUGAGAUAUGUUGAUCUUUCCUAUAACUAUUUCAGUGGAACAGUCCCGUUAUGGUUGUUAGAAAAUAACACAAAAUUAGAAAAUCUCUACUUAUUGGGCAAUUCUUUCACCGGUCCUCUCUUGUUACCGCAACUUCCUAAUCCUAGUGUGUCUGCAAUUGACAUAUCUAAUAACAAGUUACAAGGUCAAAUUCUGACAAAUAUAUGUUCAUCUUUUCCAAAUUUGAACGGUUUAUUCUUAUCUAAGAAUGCCUUUGAAGGUAAUAUCCCUCCUUGUUUAAGUGGCAUGAACACUUUAUCAAUUUUAGACCUAUCGGACAAUCAUCUGUCUGGAAGAGUACCAGAAAAGUUGAUCAUGAGAAGCUCAUUAGUUAUUCUUAGGCUAUCAAAUAACAACCUAAGUGGAAAGAUUGUUCCUAUGAUGUUCAACACAAGAAAGUUGUCAAAUUUGUAUUUGGAUGACAAUAAUUUUGCUGGAGAGAUUCCUGAUAUUGAUGUCUCUGCUACUGAUUUUUCACAUUCAUCACUAGAGGAUAUUGAUAUCAGUAGUAACAGUUUUAAUGGAAAGCUCCCAAGAUGGAUAGGGAAUAUACCGCAUUUGAAGAGAUUGGCUUUGUCCAACAAUCAUUUCGAAGGUUCUAUUCCAAUGGAAUUGUGCAACUUGUAUGAGCUUGAAUUUUUGGAGCUUUCUCAAAACAAUUUAUCUGGCUCUAUUCCUUCUUGUUUCAAUCCACCAUAUUUGAGAUAUGUCCACCUGAAGAGAAAUAGACUAAGUGGUCCAUUGACACUUGCUUUUAAUAGCUUUUCAUUAGUGACAUUAGAUCUUAGAGGGAAUAAUUUGACCGGUAAUAUUCCAAAAUGGAUUGGCACAUUUUCUACUUUAAGCAUCCUUCUUUUGAAAGACAAUCAUCUAGACGGUGGAAUUCCAGUUCAAUUAUGCAAGUUGUAUUCAUUGAGCAUCAUAGAUCUUUCUGGAAAUAUGUUUUCUGGUCCUAUACCUUCUUGUUUGGGUAACUUAACUCUGGCAAUGAAAAAGGAGAAGUCAUUGAUACUUGAUGGUGGGUAUGGAAUAGGUAUACCUGAUGAUGCAUCAACAUACACUAUGAUGAUAAUGUCGAAAACUCGUAGGUACCCUGAUAGCUACAUGGAAGAAUGGAUAGAGUUUACAACAAAGAGUGUGUCCUAUUCAUACGGUGGUGACAUUCUUAAGUACAUGUCUGGGAUUGAUUUAUCUUGUAACAGGUUAACUGGGCAAAUCCCACUCGAAUUGGGAAACUUGAGUGAAAUCCGUUCGUUAAACUUAUCACACAAUAAGUUGAUCGGAGUCAUACCUUCAUCAUUUUCAAAGCUUAAGCAAAUCGAGAGUUUGGACCUUUCUUACAACAACUUGACUGGUAGAAUCCCUAUACAGUUGGUUGAGUUGAACUUCCUGGAGGUUUUCAGCGUGGCACACAACAACUUGUCAGGUAGUACUCCAGACCCAAAAGCUCAGUUUGGGACCUUUGAUGAAAGCAGCUACGAGGGAAACCCUCUUCUCUGUGGGCCUCCAUUGCAAAAUAACUGCUCUAAAACUGAGUCACCACCAACAGUACCGACUACAACAGACAAUGAAAUAGAAGGAAGAGUUGUGGAUUUUGCACUUUCAAUAGAGCUUUAUGUCUCUGUCGAAACUCUGUUUUUGGAGACAAAUACUGCAGAAGCUUUGGCCAUUAAGGCUGCACUUCAAAUGUUUUCUUCUUCACCUUGGCUGGGAAAGGGAGCUCUAGUUUUGGAAUCAGAUUCAAAAGUAGCAGUGAGUUGGGUGCGUAAUAAGAAUGCCAGACCAUGGAAACAAUGGCCGAUAUUUGCGGAAAUUGAUAGGCGAGUGGAAAUCAUAGGAGAGGUAGUUUCUGGAAAUAUUGUUAUCAGGUGUAAAGACUGUUUCUGA